UUCUGAAAACGAGGCUAUAGAGACGAUCACGUUUGCCGGUAGAAAAUGGCACAUUUUAAUCCCCCACAAAUUCAAGAUAACCCCAAUGGAUGGGGACCUUGUGCUAUUCCUGAUCAAUUUAAGGACAUGCCUUAUCAGCCUUUUUCUAAGGGUGAUCGACUUGGAAAGGUUUCUGAUUGGACUGGAGCAACCUAUCAAGACAAAAGAUAUUUAGGAAAAUACAGUUCUGCAUUUGGAGGUUUAGGAAGCCAGUAUGCUUACUACCAUGAAGAAGACGAGAACAGUUUCCAGCUUGUUGAUACAGCAAAGGUUCAGAAACCAGUGUACCAGAGAGGAAGAAGAGUUUAUCAACAGAAUAAACAAAGAAAGGAAAGAGAAAGAAGGCAACAGCAAGCUCAAGCUAGCAUGCAGGUGUUAUCUAAAACACAGAAAAGUAGAGAAAGGGAUCGUCAGCGUCUGUUGAGGAAAUGGCAGAAACAGUUUGGUAAACAACAAGAAAAUCGACAAAAGGCUCCAAUAAGACACAGAGAUGCAUCUGUCCAAGUUAAAGAUGAUUGGGCUGUUGUGGAAGACAUGGACUUUCCACGUCUUACCAAGCUUAGUUUGCCGACAUUGGAAGAACCUGAAGAUCUGGUUAAGUGUGGUAAAAUGGAAUAUUAUGACAAAGUUUACGAUAGAGUCACAACUAAGAAUGAGAAAAAAUUGAAACGAAUUGAUCGUAUCUUCCAUAAAGUUACUACUACUGAUGAUCCAAUCAUAAGACAGUUGGCAAAGACCAAGGGUAAUGUAUUUGCUACAGAUGCUAUCCUGGCGACCCUCAUGUGUUGUACCAGAUCUACAUAUUCUUGGGAUAUUAUAGUACAAAGAGUAGGAAAGAAACUCUUCUUUGACAAAAGAGAUGACUCAGAAUUUGACUUAUUAUCUGUUAGUGAGACUGCUACUGAACCCCCACAAGAUGAAGGCAAUAGUAUAAAUACACCAAGAAACCUUGCAUUAGAAGCUACCUUUAUCAAUCAUAACUUUUCUCAACAAGUCUUAAAACAGGGAGAGGAGAAGUAUGAAUUUGAGAAUGCAAAUCCAUUUAUACAGACUGAUGAAGAUGCAAAUGUAGCAUCAGUAGGUUAUAGGUAUAGAUGUUAUAAAUUAGGAAAUGAUAUAGAGUUGAUAUGUCGAUGUGAACACGAUGCUGUAAUGACAGGUACAUCAGGAGAAGUACAAUUCUGCAACAUAAAAACUCUAAAUGAAUGGGACUCUCGGUAUUGUGGAGGUGUAGAUUGGAGAAGUAAACUGGACACACAACGUGGUGCUGUAUUGGCUACUGAGCUGAAAAAUAACAGCUGUAAAUUAGCAAAGUGGACAGUGUGUUCAAUGUUAGCUGGAUCUGACCAAAUUAAAUUUGGAUAUGUUUCUCGGUUGAGCAUCAGAGAUACAUCAAAACAUAUAAUCUUAGGAACCCAACAAUUUAAACCUACAGAAUUUGCUAACCAGAUAAAUCUGAAUAUGGACAAUGCCUGGGGUAUUUUAAGAUGCAUCAUAGACACAUGUAUGAAACUGAAACAAGGCAAAUAUCUCAUUAUGAAAGAUCCCAACAAGCCUGUCAUUAGAAUUUAUGAUAUUCCUGAUGAUACAUUUGAAUCAGAUGAAGAUAACGAUGAUGACGACGACGAUGAUGAUGACGAUGAUAGUGAUGAUGAUGAUAGUGGUGAUGACAAAGAUAAAUAAAAUGUCACAAGAAAACAUAGAUUUUAAAUUACUGAAAAUGGAGAUGAAGGUGGACAGAUUGACUGAAGUGCUAAAUUAUUAAUGAUUUAUGAAAUAAUUUGUUCAAGAAUUAUAUUUUAUGUACAUUGAGAUGAAAUGAAGACCAUUUAUAGAUCUUUUUAGAUAAAUAAAGAUCACUUGAAAGAA